AUGCCGCCGGUAAAAGCACCCGGAAAUGUGUCUGACUGCUACUUUGUAGGCCGCGUCUCCUUGCUCAAGUGGAUAUCAGAAUUGCUUAAUGAGCCUGUCAAGAAAGUUGAGGACCUGGCAUCGGGACACCACUAUUGUAUGGCCCUGAAUCUUGUUUAUCCGGGACAGGUGAACAUGCAUCGUGUUCGCAUGAAUGCUAUCAACGAGUGGGAAAGGUCAGAAAAUUUUAAGAUCAUACAGGACGUUUUGAGUCGUAACAAUAUAGAUAAGGGCAUUGACGUCAAUAAGCUAGUCACAGGGAAGUACAUGGACAACUUCGAGUUCUUCCAAUGGUUCAAGUGGUUCUUUGACCAAAAUUACAAGGGAUCCAAGUCUGGUGCUACAGAAUCUGGAUCUGCCAACGCUGUUACUAAAACAUCAAAACCAGGAAAUAGGUCAGGCAGCACCGCUGCAUCCAUGCAGAACCCCAAGGCCUCAAGCACGUCCGGGCCCUCAAUUGACUCUAAGGAGCUUGAGGACUUACGUCGUCAAAUUGCAAAGGGUCAGCUAGAGUCACAAUUUUACUUUGAUAAGUUGCAUGAAAUAGAGAUAUAUAUGGAUCAAAUGAACGAACUUAUGACACAAGUGGAGAUUGCAGAGCCAGAAGACUCUCCGUUCUACAUUAAGAGUGUCGUGAAGAAGAUAGAGGAUAUUCUGUAUGCGGAGUAUCAUCAGUAA